AUGAUGAUAAGAAUGCCAUGUUGGUUGUGCUGUGUUUUUGGUGCAGCCCUUCUCGUGACCACAGGUGUUGUGGCCCAAAUCAAUGCAUGUGGAGCGCAAUGCCAAUUUCGUCUAUGCGAUCCGUUUGGCCUUCCUUUGCGUAGAGGGCCGAACAUGCUAAUAAGACCCCCAGGCCGCCUUUCCUAUGGUUCAGUUUGUCAGCCCGGACAGCAAAUCGGAUAUGUUCUUAGAACUGGAGAGCCAUUGUUGGCGCUCGAGAAUGGAGACAUGAACACUAUAUCGAAAUGGCGACCGCGGAAACUCUCUCCCAACUUUCUCAAGAAUACCUUUCGCGUGUCCAAGAACCCUCAAAGACGAUCUUCUGCAAUUACCACAUCCGAAUUGCAAGGCAAUCAAUUCAAGUUCUUAGAAGACUCGUGCAUCAUAUUCCCAAUUGUGAAAUAUGAGCUUUUAGAUAGAAGACGUCGUCGCGUAAAGAGGGUUGUCAAAACGAACGGAUCAGAGGGGGAUUGUGUCUCAUUCCGAACCAGAACUGCCGCGAUCCUGGUCGACCUUACAUGGAAUUCUGGUGAUGACUUCGAUAUACAAAUUACCGAACCAGAUGGUGUCACUCUUUCACGCUUUCAGCCAGAGACGAAAACAGGGCGUAUAAAUGGUGACGCCAAUAGUGAUGCAUGUGGGCUUAUCGAUUUUGGAAGAGAAACAGCCCGAUACCUCACAACAACAGAUGGAGUGAAGAACGGAAUAUACCGUGCCGAAGCGCGACACAACGUGAAUUGUGGACAAGGGGGAACGAAGUGGAAGCUCGAGGUGAGCAUUGACGGUAAGGUUGUGGAGACGAAGGAGGGCUUCUCCAAUGGUGACCUGGGUGACAUGGUUGGAAGAAUUCGAUUCCGGUAUUUUUGAAGACACGAAAAUACCUGGUCGGCUCUUGGAUUCUUCGGGUGCGAUUUAAUUGUAUCUGCUGUGGUGCGAUGCUGACCACACCUCGAGGUGAGAUCUGUUCAGGAUGUAGAACCGACCUGACGUCUAAAAGCCGCCCACAGAGUUUGCUAGCACCUAGAGUUACGAGCCAGUCUAUCGGGACAGCAGGGGAAGGGUAUUGGAAGGCUUCGGGGACUUGGGCAACCCCUGCAGGAACGCAUGCAAUUGCUCUACAUACGAUCAAAGUUCCCCAUACGUCACGAGAGCUAGUAUUCACUAAAGGUAUGUAAAAUGCAUCACAGAGA